CAUUUGCCAGUCCCAAACCACAGUCAGACUCUGCUCCCUCGGCUCCAGAUAGUAAUCGACCCAGAUGCUACCGAGCGAUCCUUGAGCCUGGCUUCCACGUCGUCAGCUCAACCCGGGCUAGAAUCCGAACUUCCACCCCAGCCGUAAUCACCUCGUCCCGCCACUGCGGUCGGAAUUACAGUUCUCGAACUGCAGACUUCUCGCCUUUGCCUGUGAGUUAUGGCGUGUCCCAUGAAGGGCCAAGUGUGUGUGGUGACUGGUGCCUCCAGGGGUAUUGGCCGUGGCAUCGCCUUGCAGCUCUGUCAAGCAGGUGCCACAGUUUAUAUCACUGGCCGUCAUCUGGACACCCUUCAGGUGACUGCUCAGGAGGCUCAAUCGCUCGGGGGCCGGUGUGUGCCUGUGGUGUGUGAUUCAAGCCAGGAGAGUGAAGUAAGAAGCCUGUUUGAGCAAGUGGAUCGGGAACAGCAGGGGCGUCUAGAUGUGCUGGUCAACAAUGCUUAUGCUGGGGUCCAGACAAUCCUGAACAACGGGAACAAGACAUUCUGGGAAAACCCCGCCUCCAUGUGGGAUGAUAUCAACAAUGUUGGACUCAGAGGCCACUACUUGUGCUCCGUUUACGGGGCACGGCUGAUGGUACCAGCUGGCCGGGGACUCAUUGUGAUCAUCUCUUCUCCCGGGGGCCUGCAGUAUAUGUUCAACGUCCCCUAUGGUGUGGGCAAAGCUGCGUGCGACAAGCUGGCUGCUGACUGUGCCCAUGAGCUGCGACGCCAUGGGGUCAGCUACGUGUCUCUGUGGCCAGGGUUGGUGCAGACAGAAAUGGUGAAGGAGCAUAUGGCAAAGGAGGAGGCCCUACAGGAUCCACUGACUAAGCAGUUCAGAUCACAUUUCUCCUCAGCAGAAACCACAGAAAUGAGUGGCAAAUGUGUGGUGGCUUUGGCAACAGACCCCAAUAUCCUGAGCCUGAGUGGUAAGGUGCUGCCAUCCUGUGACCUCGCUCGACGCUAUGGCCUUCGGGAUGUGGAUGGCCGUCCUGUCCAAGACUAUUUGUCUUUGAGCUCUGUUGUCUCAAAUGUCCCCAGCCUGGGCUGGCUGGCCUCCUAUUUACCUGGCUUCCUCCGUGUGCCCAAGUGGAUUAUCACCCUCUAUACUAGCAAGUUCUAACUGUCCUGGCCUGAUGUCACAACUAUGCUUGUCUUCUUAUUUGGGCUAUGGUGGUUGGGCCUAUCUCGGUGGAAUAAAGCAGCCUUUCUUGCCAUCCAUAUCCUUGAUAUGAAAAGAAGACCUCUGCUAUGUGUCUGUGGUGAGUUCUGGGGCACUUGUAGGUCCUCUGUGUGCCUUGGUUUUCCUCAUCCUUAUAUUUUACUUUUUGUUUCAGUAUUGGAAAAUGUUCUGGGGGCUAAUAAAGGUUUCAUUUAUCCUU